AUGAUGAUAAAUAAUCAAGAUAAUAUUUGUUCACGUUGUCAUAUUCAUACGAAACUUCUAGAAACAUUUAAAAAAUGUUCCCGAUGUUCAACAAAACAUUGUAAUCAAUGUUGGUCAGAAUUACAAAUAUCAGAUGAUUAUAAAAUUUUAAUCGAUAUACUUCCGAAGACGCAUAAUUCAAUUGCGAAACGAAUAUGUUCAACAUGUAGAAAAGUCUUAGUUCAGAAUACAUUAGAAAAUUCGAAAGUGAAAAAGCAAGUGGAGCAAGAUGACGAUUAUCAACUAGCAUUAGCUUUAGCUUUAUCAAAAAAUGAAGCCGACGAAAAAAGAAAACAGAAAAGAAAAUUGGAUGAAGAUACUCAUAUUCAAAAAUUUAAUUUAAUAGAAAAAAAACAAUUCAAUGAUAAUCAUGAAAAUUUACUUGACAAAACUACAGAAGCAAUCGAAAGAUUUAUGAAUAGAGCUAAAAGCAACUAUCAACGUAAUCGUGAUGUUAUUGGCGAUACUGCAUUACUCUCAGCAUUUAUAUCACUUCAAACAUGUGCAACGGACCUUGAACAGUUAAAAUACGAUCUAGAUCAUCAACGUCAACAUUUUGAAACACUUCAAGAAAAGCUAACUGCAUUACGUGAUGCUCGUGAAGCCUUGAAUAUUCUUCGCUAUGAGCACCAUCAAAAGCAGCGACAAGAACAAGAACAUCUUGAACAACAGCGUCGUGUACUGAUGAUACAAAAAGUGGCUGAUCUUCGGCAAUUUAAACAUACACAAAUUGCUAAUUUCCAAGAGAAUUAUUUUCAACAUCUACUUGAUGAAGAACACAAAAUGAAAGAACUUUUUAAAAAACCAAAAAUUCUAUAA